GUCGCGAGACGACAUGGCUUGAAGGCGUCCCAUAAUGCCUUGCGAUUCCUCUUUCUAGCCGGCGCCUGAGAUGGGUAUCUCAAGGGACAACUGGCAUAAACGCCGUAAAACCGGUGGCAAACGCAAGCCCUACCACAAGAAGAGAAAGUAUGAGCUUGGACGGCCUCCCGCAAACACAAAGAUUGGCGCUCGCCGUAUCCACACCGUGAGGGUCCGUGGUGGCAACAAGAAGUAUCGCGCCCUGAGACUGGACGUCGGAAACUUCUCGUGGGGCUCAGAGUGCUGCACACGCAAGACCAGGAUCAUCGACGUGGUCUACAAUGCCUCUAACAACGAGCUGGUCCGAACCAAGACCUUGGUGAAGAACUGCAUCGUGCUGGUCGACAGUCUUCCCUACAGGCAGUGGUAUGAGGGUCACUACGCCACCCCUCUGGGACGCAAGAAGGGAGCCAAGCUGACUCCUGAGGAGGAAGAGGUCCUGACUAAGAAGCGGUCCAAGAAGAACCAGAAGAAGUACGACGAGCGUAAAAAAAUGGCCAAGAUCAGCUCGCUCUUGGAGGAUCAGUUCCUUCAGGGAAAACUACUUGCCUGCAUCGCCUCCAGACCGGGCCAGUGUGGCCGAGCGGACGGAUACAUCCUAGAGGGCAAAGAACUUGAGUUCUACUUAAGGAAGAUCAAGGCCAAGAAAGGCAAAUAAAUGUUUCAUAUGCCAAUAAAUGAAAAAUAACAAAUGUUA